GGGAAGUGGCACCGGAAAAAAAUCGAUCCGGACUUGCUGUGCUGCAGUGUUUCGUGUAGGCAUCUUAUGAACAGUUUCGUAGGCCAACUGAUUUAUCUACUGGUGCAGUUUCGGAGCGCAGCGAUAAAAAAUCAUCCAGCGGUGAAGCGGAACAUCUAGGGCGCCCAUUGACGAUGGAAAAGAAGGAGGAGCUGGUUUCAAAACUAACACCGCUGCAGUUCCACGUGACGCAGGAAGCCGGCACUGAGCGGCCCUUUACCGGAAAGUACAACAAAUUCUAUGAAAAAGGCACCUACGUAUGUGUGGUGUGUUGCCAGGAGCUUUUCAGUUCCGAAACAAAGUAUGACUCCGGUUGUGGUUGGCCGGCGUUCAACGACGUCCUCGACCAGGGCAAGGUGACACUGCACAAAGAUCCCAGCAUCCCCGGGGGUAAUAUCCUAUUGUUGAUCACACAACCAGGCCGCGUGAGGACGGAGGUACGGUGUUCGAAAUGUGCCGCCCACAUGGGCCACGUGUUCGAGGACGGUCCGCCACCGACGCGUAAACGUUAUUGCAUCAAUUCGGCGGCGAUCGAGUUUAUGCCGGCUGGCUCAGAACGAAAGGACGGAUCUAGCUAGAUCCCGCCAAGGGUGAGAUGUGGCAUUCCUUCUAGGGUGCAGCAAACGGCAGUCAACCGAAGUGGGGACACCGCUGGACUGGUUAUGGCGAGCUUAGCGGAUGCGUGAAGCAGGUACCGCUGCGGAUAAGUGAGAGCAGGCGAAACGAUUGUGCCAGAAGCAGAUAUAUUACACAAACGAUAUUACUGUUCGAGCAAGAAAUGCAGUAAAAUGCAAACAGAUACAGUUUGAGCAAUGUGUGCCUACUGGAAUGUUAUUUAUUUGCGAAUUAGUUUAACUGAUAACGAAAACGACAUCUCCUCCAGUGCUAUGUUUUGUUUAUAUUUUGUUAAAAGCUGUCUGAGAAUGUGUCCUUCUUUCUCUUUUGUUUUCCAAUUUAUUUUUUUUAUUUCCGUAUGUUUUUGCGUGAAUUUUGUGCUAUUCAAGUUCGAUAAUGCUCUGCAGAUAUUACUAACAGAAUAAAGAGCCCUUUUGCCUUUGUGCAAGCAACGUGACUUACUCAUCACAAAAUUGCACAACGACUUACGUUCCUGGUACAAAUAAAGAGUCUAAUGUUUCGACAAAUGUCGCUCCCAUUGCUGAG